UACAGCUUUUAGUAGCAAUGUAAGGUGGUUUGUGUUGGUUUUUUUUCUCUUGGCAGGCUCAUCCUCAUGGUAAAAAUCCAUCUGGUUUCUGUUCCAUUUUACAUUCUGUUGUGCUGGCUGACAGGGAAGCCAGUGGUGUGAUAAGAGUUUCACUGUGUACUGAUCAAGUAAAGGUGUUGUUAAAUGCAGAACACAAGGGACAUGAUUGUCUCAAAUUUGAUCCCCAUUUUUAAAUCAAGGGCAAUUACUGUGAUCUGUGGAUUUAGCAAUGACUCUACUUCAGCCUUUCAGUGCCUUGAUACUUUGGAUUUCCCUGCUGAUGGUAACAAGUUCAGUUAACCCAGAUAAACCUGAAGAGAAAAUUUAUUCCUGCCCAGUAAUUCAGUGCAGUGCUCCUGCAGUCCAUGGCUUGCCAGGCAGAGAUGGAAGAGAUGGUCCCAAAGGUGAAAAGGGAGAGCCAGGAGAAGGACUGAGAGGUCUACAUGGUUUCCCUGGAAAAAUGGGACCUCCAGGAAUAAAAGGAGAUUUAGGACCACAAGGAGAGAAAGGAGAAAAAGGAGAAUGUGAAGGUGUAGUAAGCAAUGACCUGCAGAGACAAGUAACUGCUUUGGAAAUGAAAGUACAGGCUUUGGAGAAUGAACUAAACAGAUACAAAAGAGUUUUGAUUUUAAAGAACACCAGGAGUAUUGGUAAAAAAAUAUUUGUCUCAACUGACAGAGAAGAAACUUUUGCCAAUGGAAAAUCCCUUUGUGGAAAAGCUGGAGGUUCCCUUGCCUCUCCUGUGAAUGAGGCUGAGAAUACAGCUUUAAAAGACUUAAUAACACCUUCAAAGCAGGCUUAUAUUGGGAUAUCUGAUGAACAGACUGAAGGCAGGUUUGACUAUCUGACUGGAGGGACUGUAACUUACACAAACUGGAAAGCUGGAGAACCAAAUAAUCUAAAAAAUGAAGAUUGUGCAGUAAUACAAGACUCUGGGAAGUGGAAUGACCUGAGUUGUUCAAGUUCACGUGCCUUAAUUAUUUGUGAACUCUUGAGCUGAUGAACUGAAGAAAACCCCAAGAUUUUGCUCUCAGUUACGUGGCUGAUGUAGAAGUUUGUUCCCAUAAGGGUGGCCUGUAUUAACCAGAACCUGAGUGGAUUUAUGAUUGUUUUCUCUUUCAGUUUUGAAUCUCAGAAUAAAAAAAGACUUAAUUUUUCAUUGA